GAUAGAGCCAGAAUAUAGUAGAGUGACAAGGCGAGGGACUGUGGAAUUACUCUAACUCACUGAGUCCGAUCUAUAUUUUGUGUAUUCGCUGAAAGAGGCCGCCUGCUUCCUGAUUCGGAGUCGCCUGUAUCGGGUGAUUACAUAGCAGGCAAAGUAUUUCCUUGAACCACAAUUUGGUGAAACCACGGAUUGUCUGAUUCCGGCUUUUCACACUUUCAUUUCAUCUGCAGAGCAACGGGGCGGUGCCAAUAACUUUAUAGAAGGAUACAACUGGAAUGGGGAAAACUGAAAGACAGUGGAUCUCUCUGCGCACCUACUUAUGGCGGAGCUGCAGCCCGCAACUCGAGCAGCCGACCCCUCCGAGACGCGCGCUCGCGAGUCCCCCUCUGGGAAGCACGGUAGGGUCGGAGGCUGGCUGGGCUCCAAAGGAGCCUCGGUGCCCUUCGAAGCGCACACUCCCAAUGCCGCCCUCCUGAGAGUGGGGAGCAAAAUCAGAAGGGAAGCUGGGGUCUUUCGGACGGCGAAGCACUUUCCUGCCCUUAAAAGAGGGCGAAGGGGAAGGACGGACGGACUUCCUGGCUGGGCUGUCCCGGGUUAGCUGAAUGCCGGCCGAACAUGAUACACCAAAAUGAAUCCUGCGGUACAGAACAGAUAUCCUAUUUAACAUGCAUGUUUUAUAUAUUAGAAGAAUGGACUGGAGUAGAAAACUUGGGAGAAUAUCUGAGUUACCUCAUCUAUCUCACAUGGCUAUUUAUGCCACUACUCUUAGUUUUUUUGCUUCCAACAAUUAUCAUCCUCCUCAUUUACAUUUCGGCUAUCAUUGUUCAUAUUUACAAAAGAAAGACAGACAUAAAAGAAGGUUAUUUGAAUGAUUUCUGGGAUGGUGCAAGACAAACAUUGGCAACUAUGUGGUAUGCUCAUGGAAGAAUAUGGAAUGGUUAUGAGGUGCAUGGUCUUGAAAAACUACCAGAUGGACCAGCAAUUAUUAUUUUUUAUCAUGGAGUAACUCCCGUAGACUUUUUCUACUUGGUAGCCACUGUUUUGAUCAGGAAAAAAAGAAUGCUCCAUGUUGUUGCUGAUCAUUUUGUGUUUUUAGUUCCAGGUUUAAAGUUAUUAAUUGACGUGAUCCAUGUUCUGCAUGGAUCGCAGGAAGAAUGUAGAAAAGUAUUAGAAAAUGGAGGACUGGUAGCAAUUUCACCAGGGGGAGUACGGGAAGCACUGUUCAGUGAUGAAAAUUAUACUAUUAUGUGGAAAAAUCGUAAAGGGUUUGCUCAAGUGGCCAUUGACACAAAAGUGCCCAUCAUUCCUAUGUUCACACGAAAUAUUCGGGAAAAUUUUCGAGUAGUUGGAAGAGGAAUAAAAUUAUUAAGAUGGAUAUAUGAGCAUUUUCGUUUCCCAAUAUUCCCUAUGUAUGGAAACUUUCCAGUUAAAUUGCAGACUUAUUUUGGAGAUCCUAUUCCAUAUGAUCCAAACACCACAGCAGAAGAACUGACCCAAAAAGCAAAGGAUGCACUACAGUGUUUAAUAGACAAACAUCAGAAAAUACCAGGAAAUGUGUGGAGGGCUUUGAUGGAAAGAUUUACAACAGAGAAACAAGACAAUGAAUAACUUUGGCAAAUUAUUGUGGAAAAAAAUUGAAUGAUAUUUUAAUGUGAUAUAUGAUGUUGCAAUAGUUUUUUAUUUGCUGUGCAAAUGUAUAAUUUUACAGAAAACCAAGCUUUGAAAAUCAUUGUUACAUGUAUUACUCAAGAAAGUAAAUCUUUCAGUGUAAAUACAACUCUUUGUGUUCACAGAAAAUCAAAGUUUAAAAAGCACAAUCCUAAUUAGGAAUUAGAUGUAAAAGUGAUUUUUAGGCUUUUUGAAAUACAUCAAAUACAUAGCCUAUUUCUAGUACUUCUUAAAUAUAAACCUUAAAUGGAUCAGGAUUACAUUUAGUAUUUUUGUAAAACUUUGAUUUUUCUAUUCCCUGUAUUCUCCAGUUACCAAAGGUUUAAAGUAAUCAAAUUUAUGUAUGCAGAAGCUACUCAUAUGAGCAAGAAAGAUCCAGUAUCUGUAUUCAUUAAUACUUAGAACUACACUUAGAAUUUAGUUCUAGUUUACUGAACAGUACUACUUAUAAUGGUACUCAAAAAGAGAAAAAUAAUUUAAGGCUUUGUAAAUAAUAUGAAUUGGCACUGCAUAAAGAAGAAUUUCUGCAGUAGAAAUUGUUUUGCUAUUUUCCAGCAAGUACUACAUUUUUAGGCAAAUUGGUAAUUUAUUGUGAAUUUGUAUGCCCUGGAAAUUAAAAUUCAUAAAUUAUAGGUAUACUUCUGUACCAAGGCAAUGCGAAGCCAUAAGGAUGUGCCCUAUUUACUAUAGUGAUUCUGGGAUCAAUAAUCAUUCAAACAGAAGCUUACAUUGCAUGGUACUCUGCCAUCAAAGUGAGAAUAUUUGCAUAGGAAAUUGAUAAUCCUUUUAUUGGGAAGUAUCUGUCUCCUAAGAACAUGUUUCAGUAUUCUCCAAUUUGGUUACAGUUAUUAUAUAGAGUGGGAUAAGUAUUAAUGAAUAGGUCAAUUUAUGUAUCUUAAAUCAAGGUUGUUUCUCGUCAAAUGGUUGAAUUAGUUAAACAGAAUGACACAAGUUCUUUACUGUAUCAUUUGCACUAUAGUACCUGUUAUCAUUUUCAUGUCAUUGUUGCUUGCUAUAUAUAUAUAUGCUCAGACCUAUGAUUGAAUGAUUAUUGACAACUUUUCUUACAGUGCCCUUCAUAGUCAGCAAUGACUAGCAGAGUAAAAUCUGCAGGGAUACUUUUUCAUGGAUACUGUUGCAAUUCUGAGAAUUUUUUAGAUUCCUCAUAGUGUUGAAUCCAGUUUUAAUGUUAGAUUCUAUUAUAAACAUUCCAUAUGUUUAUUGUGCAGAUUUAUAACUGUCCAGACCUACUUAUGAGUAGCUUAUUUAUGAUAUAUGCAUAGGACAUUUAUUUUGUUGUUUUCAUUAAUGCAAAAUAACUUUAAACUUUGGGGGAGAUAAGUAUAUCUGUUCUGAGCAAUAUUUUUACUUUUGGAGGGGAAGGCUAAUUCUCCAGACCUCUUAUAUAAAAACUAUUCUGUACUAACUAUUAUAAUCCACAAAACAGGACUUUCUUUCUUUAAAAAUUUAAGUAGAAAAUUAGCUUUAUUAUGUCUUUUUUCAGAUUUUAGCAUGCAUAAGGAAUUCCAUCCAAUUUUUUAAAAAAAGAUGCCACUUGAAGCUAGUGUGCUUUACCAUGAGCCUAUUUCUCUGUCAGGAUUUUUUUGGAGUGGGGUGGGGAUCUCUGAGCAUUGGAAUGUAUCCAAUAGUAAUGAAAAUAUAACUCCUGGAAAUAUAUUAUAAGAUAUAGACAUGUAGCUAUCAAAGAAAAUACUUUU